GAGAGAGCACAGGAGAGCAAGAAAAAGAAGCCGGAGCUGAGAGAAAGAGAGAGUCGUAGGAGGGAGAAGGAGAAUGCACGGUGUCUGGGUAACACUUCCACGCUUGUGUCCAGGGCCUUUGUGAAUACACCAUGGGAUGCAUCGGCUCCAGGAGACUGACGGCAGACGGUGUGCCGGUCCAAAAGGAUGGAGAGCAGCAUGGACGUUCAGAAUUUUCAUGGGAAGGAAUCAAUCUGUCUAUGGAAGACACCACAUCGAUCUUGCCCCGGCUCAAGAGGAACUCAAACGCCUAUGGCAUCGGGGCUCUGGCUAAGUCUUCUCUGUCAGGUGUGUCAGGAGUCACACGGACCAUGAAAGAAAGAGUGACGAAGCCCACAGCCAUGGCCCAGGGUCGCGUCGCUCACAUGAUCGAAUGGCAAAACUGGGGCAUGUCGACAGUGGGCGCGGGCGGAGUGCCCCAGGCCCGCAUCAGCACCCAGGAGCGGGAAAAGGAGCGGCGGCUGGAGAACGACGCCUACAGCGACCUCAGCGAUGGGGAGAAGGAGGCCCGUUUUGCUGCAGGUAUCCUGCAGCAGUUCGCUAUCUCAGAGGCAACGCUCCUGGCGUGGUCAUCGAUGGACGGCGAGAGCCCGCGGUCGGGAUCAAACCAGGGCAGCGUGGCUCACCUGAGCGAGGUCAACCAGGAGAGCAUCACCAGUCGAGAUCAGAUAUUGCACCACUCCUCGGCAGAGGUGUGGCCUCACACGUACGUCUCCCAGGGCCACUACUGCCUCUCCUCCUCCGACGCCUGGGAGCCCAUCAACAACGAUCCCUCCGGUGUGGCGUCUCCCCCUGCUGGCUCCUACGUUAUGGGGCCCGACGGGUACGACGGACAGGCGGCGGCUCACUUCCUGUCCCAGCAGCAGCAGCAGCAGCAGCAGCAGCAGCAGCAGCAGUUCAGCCUCCAACAGCAGACUCAACUACAACAGCUGCAGCAGAUCCAGCAGAUCCAACACUACCAGCAACAGCAGCUCCUGCAGUAUCAGCAACAGCAGUCUCUGGAGCACAGGCUGCACAGUGCCAACCACUCUUUGCAAGCGACGCCCAACAGCACCAUCCACAGUCUGGUCCAUCCCGUUCACCCUCCGCUGGUUGAUCUGUGGAAUACGGGCCAGAUGGAGGCCUAUCAGGCGGAAGCCGGCGGCUACAUGGGCGUGGCGGCGGUGGUGGAGCCGAGCUUGUGUGUUCCCUCCGGAGAGGAGAUGGUGGGAUCUGAACACUCCCCGUUACUGGAGCAGCAGGAGGAGGAGGUCAAGGAAGAAGAGGUGACACUGGGCGUGGAGCCCGAGUCGGCCACGUUGACCCCGCCCACGCAACAAGGGGAUGCCUCCGGUGGCAGUAGCCCGGGACAACCACCGGCAGAGCCAAUCACGGAGCGGAAGGCCUCCGAUGUCACCUCCGGCCUCAUUCAGACACUAGAGGAGAAGGAAGAGGAGGAGGAGGGGGCGCCGCCCGCCUCCAUGGCAACCAACUGAGGUCCUGGCUGUCAGGAGACUCCUCAUCACAAACUGAACGGGGGAGUCUGCGAGGAAAGAGAGUAAUAUUACAACAUAUAUCUAUUAAUCUGUUCCUUUUCAGGUAUCGAGAACACGACUUUUUUGGUUUCAAAUUGAAUUCUUCAAAAAAAAAGAUGAGAAACAGAUUUGGAAGUGGACUCAAAAAUGAGACGAGAGCUGAUGCAACUAAGGACACCUACUUCUUUGUAAGCCUUACAUCCCAAAGGUAAUUGAAGAGGAGAGUGAGG